UGCAUAAAACAAAGAAUGGAUAUACGCAUAGUAAAGAAAUAUGGUAGAUGAAGCUGAAUUCUUCAUACACCGCUCUUGUUCUGGAUAAUUCAGUCACUUAGUAAUUAGCGGUAUUUAAGUAACUAAAAAUGUAUGAAGUGUUGUUGUGUUGGUGCUAAAUAGAGUGAGUGGUAGAGAUAGAUUCAUAAGAGAGAAUGGAAGAGAAAUACAAAUACCCAAGUCUGGAAAUAUUGGAGAAGACCCCAAAAUCGGGUGUUUGGUAUGUUAUAUUGAAUCGUCCAUCACGACGGAACGCUCUCUCCCAUGAUUUCUUCAUCCAUUUCCCCAAGGCCCUCUAUGAUCUCGAUCACGACCCCGACGUCAAGGUCAUCGUCUUGUCGGCCGCUGGCAACCACUUCUGCUCCGGCAUCGACCUCUCCAUUUUGGGAUCAACCGCAUCCAAUUCGGGUUCCGGCGAGGCCCUCCGCCGACAGAUCAUGGCGAUGCAAGAUGCCGUCACAGCCCUCGAACGGUGCCGGAAGCCUGUGAUUGCGAGUAUCCUCGGGGCUUGCAUCGGUGGUGGAAUUGACAUCAUCACUGCGUGUGACAUCAGGAUGUGCACGAAGGAGGCGUUUUUUUCGGUUAAAGAAGUGGAUAUGGCCCUGGCGGCUGAUCUGGGAACUCUUCAGAGGCUACCCCUUAUUGUGGGGUUCGGCAACGCCAUGGAACUGGCUUUGACCGGUCGCACCUUCUCCGGCGAGGAGGCUAAGGAAUUAGGUCUGGUUUCUCGCGUUUUCGACUCCAAACAUGACCUCGAUCAGGCCGUCAUGGAUCUCGCUCAAGCAAUUGCCACCAAGUCUCCCCUUGCGGUUGUUGGGACAAAAAUGGUGCUGCUUAAAAGUAGGGACUUAACUGUGGAUCAGGGGUUGGAUUAUGUGGCAACCUUGAAUUCUGCCAGAUUGUUCUCCUCUGACUUAACUGAAGCAGUGACGGCACAGAAACAGAAACGCAAGCCAGUAUUUUCCAAGCUCUGAAUCAUGGUAUGGUACGAUGCAUUUGGGUUUUAGUUGUUACUAAAUAUUUCUUUUGGAUUUGAACACCACUUAUCAUAUUUAUACUACUGGACUCAUCCAUAUUGUUGCUUCUCGAGUACAUCAAAAAUGUGUUUCUUUCUACAUCA